AUGAAUCUUGGCUACAGUUCCCGGACAGGGUGGGACGCUGUGUUCGCAGUUAAUAGAGUGAUUGUGAAAUUCACCAGAGUGGGGAAAGAGUCCACAUCACCGCGUCCAGAUAAACCAGGGCCCGCUGACAGGACCCUUCUCUUUAAGAGAAGUGUAGAGGAUAAUCCUCAUUGCAAGGCCUCUGACAGAGCAGAACAAAUUGAUGUCAGUCUCAGAACAGCUGUUCGGUAUCUCCAUAAACUUGAUUACUAUGGGAGAGCAGCAAGAAGAAAGCCACUUCUUCGACCAGCCAACAUCAAGCGGAGAAAGGAUUUGGCCAGUGAGAUGGUGGAGAGUCCACAAGCAUUUUGGAACACUGUCAUAUUCUCUGACGAUUCCAGGUUUGCUGCUUUUCCUGAGAGUAGUCGAGCGUGGGUCUGGAUACUGAGAUCAAAAUUUGAUGCGAAAAGAUUGCAGCCAACAAUCCGUGAUGGCCUGGGAAGCAAUUUGGAGAGAUGGUUGAUCAGAGCUGGUGGAGUGUGA